GCCCGGCGGCGGGAGGGAGCGGCUGCGGCGGGCGCGGGGCCGCCAUGAGGUAGGCAGGAGCCCCCUUUGGCCGAGUGAGGCAGCAUGGCAAUGUUCUUGGGAGCCAGGAAUGCCCACUCACUCCUGAAACGCUUUCCCAGAGCCAAUGGCUUCCUGGAGGAGAUCCGGCAGGGCACCAUCGAGCGGGAGUGCAUCGAGGAGGUCUGCAGCUAUGAGGAGGUCAAGGAGGUCUUUGAGAACAAGGAGAAGACGAUGGAGUUCUGGAAAGGCUACACCAGCUCUGUGUACUCUGUCAAGGACCCCGGGCACGGCACGGAGCGCUCUGACGCUAUGUACGUGGUGGUGCCCCUCUUGGGAGUGGCUCUUCUCAUAGUCAUCGCCCUCUUCAUCAUCUGGAGGUGCCAGCUGCAAAAGGCCACGCGCCACCGCCCUUCCUAUGCCCAGAACCGUUACCUGGCCAGCCGGACGGGCCGCAGCCUCCCCAGGGUCAUGGUGUACCGGGAGCGGUCGCAGAGCCAAGGGGAGACCCAGUACCAGCGGGAAGCCAGCAGCCGGGGGGCUGGGGAUGCCAGAGCGGGGGGCACCCCCCAGCCAGACGGCACCCUGUGCCCGCCAGAGCAUUCUGUGUCCGUCCUCUCCAGACUGUCCAGUGCCACGCCCCCGCCUUCCUACGAGGAGGUGACGGGCCAGCCGGAGAGCAGCAGCGGCGAGGAGACCAGCGUCUCCUACAGUGACCCUCCGCCCAAGUACGAAGAGAUCGUGGCCACGGCCCCUGCCGCGGGCAAAUAGCGGCUCUGCCUCCCUCCUGCCUCUUCACACACUCACACUCACCCAGCCACCCUCCCUUCGCCGUGCCUGGGACCCCCUUCAGGGUUUGCCAGGCCCCCAUCUCACCUGUACAAUCUGGUGCCAUCACACAAUAGCCUUACCCUCCUAACCAAAAAUAGCUGUCCCCAGGUGGGGGAGGCAGGGCUGUGGGACGGCUCUGGAGCCAGCCAGCCAUGUCCUGCCCUCACUCCCCACUCACGUAAGUGCUGUAGCAGCCAGAGCCGAGCAGCAGCUUGUUCCUGGCUCAAUGGGGGGGUCACCCCAUGGUGCAUUUGAUUUCCUCACCUCCCCGUCAAACAGACAUGACAUUUCCCAUGAUUAGAGCAGCCUUGCUGCCACCCUGGGCUGCUGCUCAGCCUCACCCCAUGUUCUCACUGGGCCCUGUUCUACUGCUCAGGGCUCUGAUUAGGUGAUGGAGAUGCAGGAUUGGUGUGGCAAAUUUUUGUCCAUCCCUGCAGUUGGUGGGGCCAGCUCUGUGGGGAGAUGGUGCUUCCCCCAUGUGGAUUUGUUGCCAAGUGGGAGUGGGGAGCCCGGUCCACACUGUGGUGUUUGUAGUGAUAUUUGCUCUGUGGAGAUCAGGGAGGAGCAGCUAGAAGGUGCUCUCUGAUCUCCUAGAUCUCUUUGGAAAGGGAGAAAGGGCUUGUGGUGGUCUUGUACUUGAGGUAAGUGACUUUGGAGUAGCAGGGCCUUUUCCUGAUGUUCUCUGCUUUCCCCCUGUGGGUGCUGAGUAGCUGCAGGUCUGGCUGCUGCAGAGCUGGCCAAGGGGGUCUUCUCUGAUCCUGAGCCAAAUGUGGUCUCGUGGCUUUAAGUGAUGGGGAUUCAGCUCUCUCCUGGAGCGUGGCCUAUCUGGUGUCUGCCCCAGAGGUGAGAGCCUGCAGACAGGCCAAACCUCCCCUCUCCCUGCCCUAAACCUCUCUGCCCUGCCUGGCUCCUCUCUUUGGGGCUCUUUGUCUUCCAGAGCAGGUACAGUGGAAUGCGAGACCCCGCUCUCCCCCUGACCUCUCGGCUGGGCUGUGUUUGGUGUCCAGGGCUGUGGCAUGGAACUCCUGCUGACAGGGGUGGGAGCCACAAGACCACAGACCAUGCCUUGAGGUCAGGAGCGGGGUCAAGCCUGCUCGUGUGGUUGUGUUGCCAGGGCAGGGCAGAGCCAGGUGCUUUGCUGUGGGAUCAGUGUCCCCUUUCCCUGGGCAGCUGCCUGUAGGGUCCAGGCAACGGGGCUGUCCUUCCCCAGUCAUGUCUGAUGGAUUAAUACAAGGGUUGUCCUCCAACCCCCCAGAAGCUCCCAGCACUGCCACCACCCGGUGUUCACCCAGCACCAGCCUCUCCACCAGCACCAAAAGGCUAUUGUUCAUCCAUCAGUGGCCUGCAUCCCGCCUGGCCCCAGUGAUGCCCUUGCAGCUGGUGCCCUCAGCCCAGAGCUGAGGCUUGCCCAGCGUGGCUGCUCGUGGGGCAGGACAUGCUGGCACCUUGUCUGUCCCCUGCCCAGCCUUAGCAGGUCGGGGUUAUGGGGAGAGCUGACAGAGUGUCAGGGCCAGAGCUAGAGAACACCAGAGGGAAACACAAGGGUGCUCAGCAUCCUCUGUCUUUGAUGCUCGGUCAUUAUCCCUGCAGUUUGUAUUCUGUAAGACUUGGUAUAUUUCUGUGCAAAAACAAAAAGGUAUUUAUUAAAAAACCCUCACAGUCUGA